GCCCAGGUUUUUGCCGUCAAGUUAAAUUCCGGGGUGCGGAAGUAGCUUUGUCGUGCCGCCUCUAAUCGCUCAGAAAUCAACCCUAGUUCUACACGGAAAGCUAGGCCUCCGACCGCUAUGGAAGGGCAGCAAGGUCAAGAAAAGCUCGCGACCCUAGCGCUUGCCCAAGCUCAUUUCCAGAAGGGCGAGUACGCGGAGGCCGAAGCGCUGUACUCCGCUUACGUUCGCCAGUACGCCUGUGCGGCCUCCGAGGGAGAGGCGCCCGGGAGCAAAUGCAGCCCUGAGGAUUUGGCUACUGCAUAUAACAACAGGGGGCAAAUCAAGUAUUUCAGGGUGGAUUUUUAUGAAGCCAUGGAUGACUACACAUCUGCCAUAGAAGUGCAACCCAAUUUUGAAGUUCCGUAUUACAACAGAGGGUUGAUAUUAUAUAGGCUGGGAUACUUUGAUGAUGCUUUGGAAGAUUUCAAGAAGGUAUUAGACUUAAAUCCUGGAUUUCAAGAUGCUGUUUUGAGCUUAAAACAGACUAUUCUAGACAAAAAAGAAAAGCAAAAAAGAAAUUAUUGAAAAUUUUAACUUAGUUGAAAUACUAACUCAUGAUCCACCUGGCAUCUCAUUGUCUCUAAUUUAAAGCUGGUGUUAAGCUAUUUUGAUUUAUAUUUAAGAUAAAGAGAUUCAUGCAUCAGCACUGAAAGUUAAAUGAUAUACUUAAGGUAGUUAAUUUCAGAUUGAGUAACUAUGUUGAGUAGGUAUGCUUUUAUGAAGUGUAAAUAAGUAAAAAGAAUGUAUAAUUGUAUAUUAUUACAGUAAAAUAUUUAAAGAAAUGUGUGGUAUUUUCUUCAGUAAAACUAUUUAUUUUGCUAUUUUUUAUUCCCAACUUUUUAUUAAAAAAAUCUUACCUCUACAGAAAAUUGGAAGUAUAGUACAAUAAACACUUAGAAACUUUUCACUGAGGUUCACCAGUUGUUAACAUUGUGUCACAUUUGCUUUUUCUCUAUACUUAAAUAUAUAACUUUUUGCUGAGCCACUUGAAAAUAAGUUGCGCAGAUAUCACAACACUUUACUCCUAAAUAUUUCAGCCUGCAUUUCCUAAGAAUAGAGACAGCCUUCUUUAUAGCCACAAUACCAUUAUAAUACCUAAUAAAACUAAUAAUUCUAUAAUAUCA